UAUUAUAUAUUGUUGUUUGACUCCAAUGAUUGUAAUUGUGAAUGAUUUUUACUAAUCACACCAAAGUUGCUGAUUUGAUCUAUUCUACAUUAAUUUUGUGAAGGUGUUUGUCAAUAAUAGUGUGGCCAUGAAUGCAGCUGAACAAUUUCUGGUUUGACAGUUCAUAAGGAAUCAAGGAUACAUGACUCCUCCCUCUGGGCAUCAAAAUUGCAGCUAUAGCAAAAAAGUAUAAUUUACUAAGCUUUAAAUUUGUAAAUUAAAUUUCACAUUUAGCUUUCAUUGGAUACAUAUUUUGAUUAUAUCUAUACAGCCCUCCCUAUUAUUAAGAUUAACUACAUGUAUCAGUGGACCAUACAUGAUAUUUAAGAGAUUGAAUUUUAGUUCCUAUACCAUAAUUCGAGAAUUUCUCUCUAAAACACAGUUGUAAAAAAAAUUUGUACCUGAAUAUUAUUUGCAUCACUGUCUUGAUAUGUCGUCUGGAAGCUUCGCUAGUCUCUCAAGUUCUGAAGAUGAUGAUAUUCCUCAAAGUAAAAUCAUUAAUACCAGUACUGCCAGUUUCCAUCUCCAAAUGGAGAACUCAGACUCCGGGUCUGAUGAAGGUUCUAAAACAGUGGAAGAUACAUCUAUACAGGAAAAAGGUCCUUCUGAAAGUCCUCUCCGUAAGAAGCAAAGGAAUGCUCUGUUGGCGCCUCUGGAUUUGUCGACCCCUUCAGUACAGUUUAUGCCUGGAGCAUGUGGUGGACCAGCAGAUAUCGACACACCAACUUCAGUUAUUCGAAGAAGAACUUCAACACCUAUCUCAUUUAACACCAGCACUGCACACAAUUAUGUCAACAUGGAGUCAGUAAAUGAGCUAAUGAAGAAGAUGAUGGAUUCCCAAACAGAAAUUUUGAUGAAGACCUUGACUGAUCAAGGUGAAAAAAUUGAAGAAUUACAUCAAUUGUUACGGAGAAUCGAUUUGCAUGCAGGAACUCAGAGAAAAGGAAAUAAAACAGCCAUCCAUGUUCCUGCACAUAUAAAGCAAGCUGUUCGUGAUGCUUAUAGGCAUAGCACUGCAGAAAACAAUUUAGUCUGGACAUGUAAAACAGCAGCUGGUUCUAUUUUGAAGUAUUCCUCAGGAGAAAACAAAGAGUUGUCUGAGGCUAUAUGUGUCUAUGUCAAAGGACAAUAUCCCACAACAGAAGAAGGUGUUAUUAAAACUGGUAUUGAGACAUAUUUCAAUACCAUAAAACAGAGGAGACAAAUGGAGGAGGAUGGAAAAAAGGCCUCACACAACAGAAAAAUGGUUUUGUAUGGGAGAAAGAACAGGAAGCUUCAAAAUAGAGUAAAGGCCCUUCAAGCCAAGAAACUGCCAGUGUCGGAAGAGGACAAAUUAAUGAAGGCCAUGAAAAUAGAUUUCAUGUCUAGUGAGGACAGCGAUUCUGAAGAUGAAACUCGCCUAAUCACAAGACCUCUGACUUGGCUGUCUAAAGAUUUUAAAUCUUACAUGGAUAAACUAGACAGUAAAUACCAGAGACAGCUCAAUGCACAGGGCAAAAAGCUGAGGUCUAAGAGAGUUGUUGGCAGGCCAUCAGAGAGGCCUUGUCCCAAGAAAUCUCCAGACCUUGCAUGGGUUUUUGCUUAAGGGCAUUUGACAAAAAAAUAAUCUUUAAAUUUUGAAUAGGGCCAAUUCAAAUGUACACUUUUGGAAUUUGCAAAGAAAAAAAUACCUUCAUGAUUUACUUUAGAAUUAUAGUUUACAUGUUUUAUAUAAAGAUUACCGGUAGAUCAGUUUAAGGGGAACCUCUGAAAAUAAGUCAAACGGAAUAUUAUGGUUUAUUGAAUUUGACUUUGAUUAUUUUUUUAAGUAUACAAGAUAAAUUAUUGCUAUUUAAUUUCAACAUUUGCAUUUUACUAUCAAAAUUAUUUACAGGUGCAA